AUGGUAGCAACAUUCAAAAACGCUGGACAGCGACAAAACCAUCGCGAACGUGCUCAACCUAAUGAACGCCGAAAAUUGGGAUUGUUGGAAAAACGAAAAGACUAUGUGUCUCGAGCCCAGGAUUACAAAGAUAAGCAGAAAAAAAUCAAGCGUAUGCGCGAAAAAGCUCAAGAGAGAAAUCCCGAUGAAUUUUACUAUGGAAUGACUCAUAAGAAGACGAAGAAUGGUGUCCCUCGUGAAGAACGCGAGGAUUCUUCUAUUGAUAUGGAUACCAUCAAAAUCUUAAAGACACAAGAUAUUGGAUGGAUUCGUCAUCAUCGAGAAAUUGAACGUUCAAAAAUUGAAGAACUAGAACAGCAAAUGCACAUGGUAGGAGCUCAGCGCUUCAAGUCAGAGCCUCGGAAACACACGGUGUUCGUUGAUGGUAAAAAAGAAGCUGUUAACUUUGAUCCUGCUGAACAUUUUCAGACAAGCGCCGAAUUGGUCAAUCGAGCUGAAAAUCGCUUACGGGUUGAUCAAAUAGGAGAAACUAAUAUGAAGGUAGAAGAUUUUUCAAGCCGCCUCCAUAGAAAAUUAAAAGAAAAAACGGCUAGAGAAUUGCUUUUGCGGAAAAAGCGGGAUUCCAAGCUUGCAGCUGCUGAAGAGCGUGUUCAAUUGGAUCGGUUGUUACAAGGAAAAGGAGGCCGUCAGAAAAAGAAAACAGUAGACGGGAAACCCAUUUACAAAUGGAGAAAUGAGCGUAAAAGGUAA